AUAUCUACGAAACUACGCACCCGAAACCUAGGAACAUGCCUAUAACACCCCCCUCUACACCCGCCGGCCCCGUCGCGAACGCCCCCCGCCAGUUACCGCUGCCCGUCGCUGAGAGAUAGUAGUGUGUUGUUUUCGCGCGUUGUCGAUGUAAUAUUACGUAAAAAUAUUAUUAGAGAUGCCGAAAGUACGAGUAAGGAGCACAUCAAAACUAUUAGAUUUAUCAGCUGUAAGUGAAUCAGCGCAAGUAGUUAUCUCUUCCCCGACAUCACAAGACAAAGAGUCGUCUGAUCCUACGUCAAAUGUUCAAUUUUCCGAUUUUAUAAAAUUACCAGAGAAAACAACUGUGGCUAAAGAGAAACAGCGUCGAAAGAAGCAGCAUGCUACUGUAUUAACCUCAACUCCACUGAAGAAAGAUUUGAUAGAAAAGGAAAAUAAAAAGAUAACAAAAAUACAGAAAGAGCAAGAGAAAGAAAAAAAGAAAUGGAAAGGUAAGGGUCAGGGGAAGAAGACUAAGGUGCAGAAGGGUGAUGGUCCCCAAAGGGCAAAGAGACAGGUUCUUCAAGAUUCAAACGAUACAUCAGUCUCAGACACUAACACUAACGACUUGUGCCAGGAUGACGCAAAUGAUGAUGCAGAAGACGCAGGAAAUAGAUGCUUGAUAUGCUGUGAAUUUGGACGAAACAAUGAGAUGUGGUACCGCUGUACCACAUGUGGAUUGUGGGCACACGCAGAAUGCACUGGAUGGGAUUCUGCCGAAGGGUACGUCUGCGAUAUGUGUUAGUUUUACUUGAUCUUCAUUUCCCACAGGCUGACCACCAUUGCCCCGAAGUAAGUGCAAUGGGUGUCAAACCUAGUGUUUU